UUCGCGGGCGAGAGGCGGCGCGACUGUCAGUUGUGUUCCGCGUCCUCGUCAAAAGUGGGCUGUUGUUGGUCUGAGUGCAGCCAGCACAGCCGGAGCGGCUGUUUCAGUGAAAGCGACGCGCUGCGAGGAGGCUUAGGUUUGCUCCUCUCCGCACUUUGACGUCCUCGCGCUGUGGGAGGAAGGCAGGGGAGCUGCGCAGCCACGCAGGCUCUACUCUGAAGUGUCCUCCAACAUUUUCUCUUCAGCAGCAGAAAAAAAAGAAAGGAAGAAAGAAAAGGCGCUCCCCGAAGCUUUACGCGCGCUCCCAUGUAGUCCCGCUGUUCGAGCAGCAGAGGAGGCGGACGGGAGACGGAGAGGACUUGUUGCGCGUCUCCGGGGGACGCAUCAGUUCAGCUUUCAUCCAAGUGUGUCUGCGCGCGCAUGUGAUGCUCUGAUUGGAGCGGACAUGGACUGUGGAGAUCAGCUCCGACUAACAGCCUGAAGUCAGCGCGGAUUUGUGCUCAGCGACUGAGAGAGUCUGCUCACAAUCAAGGAAACCGGGGUGCUUAGUUUCCUCCAGGCGGACAGAGCUGCUGCUGCUGUCGGUGCUGAAGACAGGACUCGUUUCAUCUUUAAAUGGCAUCCAGGCACAGCAGAGGCAAACUUUAUUCGGGUCAGAUCCGACGAGUUGAUUAAUUUUCCCUCUCAAAUUACUUUUAAAUCAACUCCUCCGUAUCCUCGUCGACAUGUCUGAGCGUGAUGGAUGUGGAGAUGGGCUGUGCAGCGACGAAGCGCCCGACUAUAUUCCACAGAGAGCGCCCCGCGGUCGGCGCAGCGGUGUCAUCCUCCCCGGCGGCGGCGGCCAGGACACUGAUACCAUCCUGCUGGAGUCGGUGAAGGCGGCACCUCGCCGGAGCAGCAUCAUUAAGGACCCCUCAGUGCAAAAGGUGGGCGGAGGCAGGAAGAAGACGGUGUCCUUCAGUAGUAUGCCCUCUGAAAAGAAGGUCAGCAGUGCAGCCGACUGUUUGGCGUUCAUGCAGGGAGGGUGUGAACUGAAGAAGAUCCGGCCCAAUUCUAGGGUUUACUGUCGUUUUUACACACUGGAUCCAGACUUGAGCUGCUUACGCUGGGAGCCAUCCAAGAAAGAUGGAGACCGGGCUCGGCUUGACGUUUCCAGCAUUCGUGAGGUCCGCACUGGGAAGAGCACCGAGACCUUCCUCCACAAUGGCCCUCUCUCCGAACAUCUGGCUGAAGAAGCAGCCUUCUCUAUCAUACAUGGAGAUGACUACCAGUCUCUAGACUUGGUGGCAUUGUCAGCUGAUGUGGCCAACAUCUGGGUAACAGGCCUUCGUUACCUGCUGGCUCAUCCUUCCAUCGUAGGAGGGGCUGGGGGAGGUGUAGCAGGAGGAGGACCAGGUGAAGGAGGGGGGGUGGCCGUUGAAGGAAGCCUGGGAAGCAAGAUGAGGAGCGAGUGGCUGACAGCAGAGUUUGCCCAGGUCGAUGAAGAUGGCUACGGGAUCGUGUCAGAGGACGUAGCAGUCGCCACCAUCUGUAAACUGUGCCCUGGUAUCAAGGAGGCCAAGGUGCGUCUCCGUUUCAAGGAGAUCCAGCGCAGCAAGGAAAAGCUGACCUCCCACGUGACACGUGAGGAAUUUGAGGAAGCCUUCUGCGAGCUUUGCACACGGCCAGAUGUCUACUUCCUAAUGGUGCAACUGUCCAAAGACCGCGAGUGUCUGGACCCUCAGGACCUCCGGCUCUUCUUGGAGACAGAGCAGGGUUUGUCUCUGGCUACCACUGAGGGCUGCUGGGAACUAUUGAGGCGUUAUGAGCCCUCUGCUCAAGGCAAGGAGAGAGGGCUGCUGGGUCUGGAUGGAUUUGCCCGCUACCUGCAGUCUCCAGAAUGCCAGCUGCUUGACCCAGAGCAACUAGGGGUUUGCCAGGAUAUGAACAUGCCUCUGUCCCACUACUACAUCAGCACCUCAUACCGCUCCUACCUGUUGGAUGACCAGGUCCAUGGAAGAGCAGAUCUUGGAGGACUGAUCAAAGCCUUGCAGUCUGGUUGCAGAUGCCUGGAGUUGGGAGUAACUGAUGGCCCAGAGGGGGAGCCUUUGCUCGGGGUUGACUGUGGGCCUGAUAUCCCACGACACCAUCAUCAUCACCAUCAUCAUCACCACCACCAUGCACCAGUCACUAUCCGCUCUGCUCUGGAGGUGGUCAAUAAAUAUGCCUUUCUGACCUCUCAGUACCCUCUUUUGUUGUACCUGUGUCACCGUUGCUCCCCAGACCAGCAGCACACCAUGGCACAGAGCUUGAGGAAGGUGUUCGGAUCACGUCUUUACACUCCAGAAGCCCUGCCGGUCAGCCUGGGAGGACGAGCUACAACCUUACCCUCGCCUGAACAACUUAAGGGACGCAUUGUUAUAGUGGGGAAGAAACUCCCUCCAGACCAUGAAGGCUGUGAUGGGGAAGUGUCUGAGGAAGAUGAGGAGAUAGGCGGAGGUGGACCUCUGGCAGGAAGAAGAAUGACAAUACCUGGUGAGGAGGAACUGGGUGUGGUCUUGGUGGUGCCUCCACCCUCUCAACCUAGGAAGCUCCGUCUCCACAAAGAGCUGUCAGACCUGGUGGCCAUUGCUCGAACUGGAAGUCGUAGCUUCUAUGCCCAGCGAGCCAGUCACAAGCAGGCUCAGCAGCAGACUCCCCCCAGUAGUCCAUCCUCUCCCAGCACACCGGUGGCUCCCGAGCUGCCUUACUGGACACUGUGCUCUUUAGGCGAAGGAGAAGCUGGACGGCUGACCAGUGAAAGCCCAGAGGACCUUGUUAUGUUUACCAAGCGCACCCUAACCAGAGUACGACCCAGCUCCGUGCGUCUGGACUCCAGCAACCCUAACCCACAAGGGUACUGGAAAGGAGGAGUCCAACUUGUGGCCUUGAAUCAACAGACCCCUGGCGCAAUGUUGGACCUUCACCGAGGCCGCUUCACACAGAACGGAGGCUGUGGUUAUGUUCUCCGACCUGCCGUGAUGCGGGAUGAAGUGUCGUAUUUCAGUGCCCACACGCAGGGCUGCGUGCCAGGUGUCCCACCUCAGACCCUUCGUAUUAAGAUUAUCAGUGCCCAUAACCUACCCAAGCCCCAGGGUUCAGGGGCUAAAGGAGAGGUUAUUGACCCAUAUGUGGUUCUGGAGCUGCAUGGAGUACCAGCUGACUGUGCUGAGCAGCGGACUCGCACUGCUGCUCAGAACCAGGAUGACCCACUGUUUGAUGAGACGUUCGAGUUUCAAGUAAAUAUGCCCGAGCUGGCCUUGCUGCGUUUUGUGGUAUUAGAUGAUGACUACAUCGGAGAUGAUUUCAUCGGCCAGUACAGCGUGGCCUUCGAGUGCCUUCAGCCUGGCUACCGUAAUGUGCCCCUGCUGGGCCUGGCAGGAGACCCCUUACCUCACACCAGCCUGUUUGUCCACGUGGCAAUCACCAACCGACGAGGAGGCGGGAAGGCCCAGCGGCGAGGUCUUUCGGUGCGGAGGGUGGGGAGACGGGGGAGAGAGUACGUCACAGUGAGGCACACUGGUAUCAAGGUAGUGGAUGAGACUUUUAAGUCAGCCAGUGGCCCUCUCAAAGAAGCGACGGACCUGCGGGAGGAUGCUCAGAGCACCACAGCCAGUUUCAAAGAGCAGUGUGGGCUCCCCACUGUGGCCAAACUGAAGCAGUGCAUCCAGACCUUGGGCACGAGGCUACAGAGUCCUGAGGGCACUAUGGGGGCCACCAUGGUUCUGAAGGAUGGCUAUCCAUGUCUGGAGCCCCUGGUCGGCCUCUCGGAACCAACUCGCAAACUGCUCGCUGCUUAUGAAACGAUGAUUGCUGCCCAGAAACAGCUGAUUGAGAAUGCUGAUGCAGUACAGGAGAGGAUCGCUCAGGUGCAGAGGGAAGGAAUGGACUUCCAUGAGGAUCUCUCUCGGCUUGGAGAGAAGGAAGGACUAAAGGGUCGCAAGCUUAACAAAGCUGUGGAGAGUUUCACCUGGAACAUUACUGUACUUAAGGGACAGAGCGAUCUGUUACGUGGGGCUAAGAUGGAUUCUCUGGAUGCCCUGAGGCAGCUGGCUCUGGCCUGUGAAGCCUGUGGACUCACCUCCUCCUCUUCUUCCUCCAAUUCCUCAUCCUCCAAUUUCUCCACAGUUGAGCUGCACUACUCCUCCCACCCCCUGUCCGGCCGCCGAAGCAGCACACACGGCAACGGACGCAUCUGAGACCCACCUGCCCACCCCCCCACCCCCCGGGUCCAACACACUGCCAAAGAUGAAAAGGGAUUGAAAAGAGUAAUUACAGAGGAUAGCAGACAGAAAAAGAAAAGAAAAACCUGGACCUGGGUGUGUAAAGCAACAGAUUAGACAUAGAUUUCUCUAUGCUAGAGUGUAUUCCUGUAUACAGUGCAGUAAAUGUGUAGACUAAAGCCUUACGGUGAGUCCAGCCUGCAGAGAGGCUCCUCAUGAAUGUCUGCCGGUGGAAGAAAGACGUUAAACACAGGAACUUAAUUUUCUGAGAGCUUAAAUCAGCAUUUAAAACUCAAUAGUUUCUUCCUCAUUAAUGAGGAAAUCAGAGACAACUUAGUAGUUUGUGACACUGGAGCCCCUGAUGAUGACCGUCAUAUUACUGGUGUUUCGUUUCAGAGGUGAAGUUUUGGAAAGGAGCGAAUGUAGAGCUGUUAGUUUGGCCUGUCCCUUGGGAAGGCAGCAAAAUUGCCUGUGUGUGUUGGAAAUGGUGGAAAGGUGCAAUAACAGAUUGAGAAAACCUCACAGGUGGAGAGCUGCUGAUUACGUUAGCCUAGAAUUUUAGUAUUUUAGACGUAGCUGCAGAAACGUUUGCAGUUGCUUAAUAUUUAAAAGGAAAACUGAGGUUUAAUCCAGUUAGGAUGACCACCGAUCAUGUAGAGUAUAUACUAACAUGACUGACAGUUAGUGUUGUGAUCACUAACCUCUGUCCUUUCACCUGAAUAGUGGAAGUAUCCUUUUUCUGACUCGUUCUCCUUAAAGCAUAGCAGUGUCUGCCUAAUUUCUUCACAGCUUUCGAACAAAAUGAGCUUCAGAUGCAGAAAAACUAUCUUAUCUCAAAUAUGAAGGCUUAUUAAUGAGGUUUGAGAGUUUGGAAAGGUUGCAGGUCAAAUCAAUCCAGCCGUUUGUGUAAUGUAUUGCUUCUUUCCAGACUGCAAUCUCUUAACCUCUGUAGGCCUUAUCUGCCCUGUUUGAGGAUUAAUGCACUUACUAGAUGCCCUUGUAACUCCGAGUGCACUCACACAUUUCUCCUUCUGGUUUGUGUAUUUGUGCAAAGAAAGCACCAGAAGCUUACACACACACACACACACACAUGCACACACACACACACACACAACCACACACACACACACACACACACACACACACACACACACACACACACACACACACACAGGUUCUUAUUAUCUCCACGCAAUGGCCUGUGGGGCUGUUGGCAUUUGUUGUUUGUUAGUGUGGUAAUUGGAGAGGAUGUGUAUGUAGUACUGCAUGUCUGCUGUGUGGAUCUUGUUACCACCUCACUAUGCUGACAUGUGGUGUAAUGAAAGCUCAGAGUCUGUGGAGGAAGAGCGGCUUCCUGCAGUUUGGAUGAAGUUGACUACACUGGUGUAGCAAUAAUUUCAACUAAAGUAAUACACAAAGACUGUAUAACUCAACAAUAGAAUGAACUGUGCAACUCAGUUAUAAAAGAAAUCAACUAAAACACAUGUGAUAUGAUGUGUGGCAGGGGCUGUUCAUGGUUGUGUCAGUGAUGGUGUUCUUCUGUGUCUCUGAGCAUUAACGUGUGCUUCUUUUUAACACGGGGAAACCUGUUCUUAAACUCUGCUGAUUGGGGCCAAUCUAGCAUGACUCCAGAAACUCUCAGCUCAAGCUUUUUAAGGGUGACAUGUCUUAAAGUGGGCCUGUUCCACUUCAGAACUCUAGUAGAGUGGUUUUCGUGAUUUAUGGUAAAUAAAAAUAUUCCUUAUUUGUCUUAUAAAGUUGUUUUACUUCUUCUGACCAGCUGCCCUUUGCAGAUUUGGGGCUUCUCUGCUCAAAGAGCUGUGUGCCUCAAAUGACCAUAUUAGGUAAAUCCUGUCCUGUCUGAUAGCCUGUCAUACAGAGCCAAGAGUAGAAAAACUGUGUGAAACAGAGCAGUUAGAAGCUGACGCUUACUCACUCAUUUGAAUAUUUGGCCACGUUUAAUAAGAGCAGCCACCGCUGGGACCAUAAUGACAGAAAAUAGGUACCUUUACAAACAACACUGUUUUCUUAAUUUUGUUUGAGAUACAAUAAAAAUCGCAUCAUAGUUCUGCUGGAUUGACUUGUGAUUGUAAUCCAGUGCCGACCAACUUAAGUUCCACCUCCGUGUUUGAAGGUGGAGGCAUCUUAACCUAACUUAAGACUAAAAGACAUUUUGAAUGUUUCUUUUGCCCUUUCAGGAGAGCAGGUACGUGGGCCACGGCUAAAUAUUGGAGCUUAACAGCCAGUGGCAUUUUUAGAGUAGACAAGAUAUAAUGAGAAGCACAGGGUUUACUAACUGACUUAGUCCUGUGCAGACGUGUAUGUGCAAAGCUACUGUAUCUUCUGAAUGAGUCUGCCGUGUUUUGUAAUAACCUCCUUCUUACCCCCUACUUCUCUCCAUCCUCUUGUUCCUGCUGCUCUUCCCGAGACUCCAGGUGGGCAGUGACAGAGCUGGUGUACUGAGUCAUAGCCACAGGAGGAAGCUGACCUAAUAACAUUUCCAUGUUUUUCUUUGGGUGUGUGUGAGUGUGUGCGUGUCUGUGAAAGGGCUUCACAAAGUAGAAAACAAAUAAUGGCGAGAGAGCAAAGGUUGCAGAAUAGAAGAAGUGUCUGAUAUUGGCUGCAUGUGUGGGUCGGUGGGCACACCUGCAGAGCUUCGUAAUUGGCCGGGAGCAGUAGACGUGGUGACAGCGCCUGCUGUUUGGGUCUAUUAAUAACACUCUGACUCACUGGAGGCUUCAAGAUGUGAGUUUGUGCUGGAGCGCUUAUGUUUGUCACCAUACAACGGUGCCCUAAUUCCUCACCCGAUGAUGCUGGUUUUCGGUCGCUGGUGUUUCGGGUCCUCUGGAGGAUUACUGCCCCCAAGAGGCAAGUUUGUGAAUGCUUUCAUCGGGUCAUAGGAGGUGUUGACUGCCUAGAGCUCUCCAGGACUGCAGGGAGGAUCUCUGCAUUAAUGGUCUGUGAGCUGCAGGUAAACAAACCACAGUACUAGCUUUUCUGUGUUAAGUUAAGCUUAUCCUUGGAAUAACUCAUCAUGUGAAAAAGUAUUAGCAUCCCACGGAAAUUUUUAAAAAAAAUAUAUUUGGACAAGUAAACACUAGAUGAGCUUUGAAACAGUGUCUAAAGGCGGGGUGUGAGAAAAACACAGGGUUUAAAAACUUAUUAGGCUGUUUGCUGAUGAGUUUGUGCACAGAUGAUGUUUCUGUCUUAGAGAACUCCACGGUGAAAAUUAAAGUAUGUAAACUUUGACAUCUGAAGUUAGUAUUGAUAAAUGAUAAAUGGGGUGGUACUUCGCUACUCUGUGCACAAAACACUUUUGUCUGCUAGCUCAUUCCAUAACCCUCCAUUCCUUCUUUUUUAACCACCCCCUGUUGAUUUUCUAGUCUUUACAUCAUCACCUCAUCAAAAGGGCCUUGCAUACAUUCCAAUCAGUCUCUGAUCUCACACAUAAUUAAUAGCUGAAUCAGUGUCUGGAAUCGACAGUCCCUAAGGUAGUGAAGCAACCCCAAACCGAUUAUUUCCACCUCCAGAGUUCUCAUGAGGUUCUUCUUCCGAAGCUGCCUUUGGUCAUUCCUGAUAUAAUGACUGAGCAACUCAGCCAGUUUUGUUCUGAGCUUCUUUUUCAAACAGUAAACACUUUUUGUGGCACCGUUAGUUGCAAGACUUAAAAUCCUGGUUUGUCUUUGCAUCAAAUGGUGUAUAUAAUAUCAUAAUAUCAUUUCAUAUAAGUUGGAAAACAUAUGAAAUCAAUUACCAGAUUUGUAGACAUUCACAACUGUGAGUAUGAUGGCAAAGUCUUCAGGAGCACAGAGAACAGCAGAACGAUAAAAAUGGGAGCUCCUAAUGUUAUGGACAUUACGUUUUCUAUGAUGGAACUGACAAAAAACAAAAAGAAAAUAAUAAUUUUAAGUUUUAGUUCUUUUAAAAUAGGCCCUGUAUUAUUAUUUUUACUGUUUCACCUUCAAAUGUUUGCUUGUCCAAAUAUAUCAAGAAACUUUUAUGAAGAUCAUAAACUUUUCUGUGACGUAAUGAGUUUUAUGCUCUAUUUAUAAAGCUUGUGAUCACUGAGCUGAUGCAUUGAACAAAGGCAGUAUGUAAGCCAAGAAAAAUGGCUGCUUGAUCUCUUUUUUGGAAUUCGACCUCUGUGGCGUGUCAGGAAUCUGCACCUGAACCCAAAUGUGUUGCUGGAUGAAUCAAAUAAACCAGGUCUUUGUUUCUUUUUGUCGCUUGAUCGAACCCAUUUACUUCUAUAAUAGCAAAACAUAUGAGAAAUUUUCCAAUGAGUGUCCUUUUAUACCUUCCAGGCAGCUAUUGCUUUCAUUUGGUAUCUGUAUGGUAUGAAAGUCAGCUUCCAGGUUAAACCAGUUCAGUGAACAUCUUGCUCAGGUUUAUUUUAUCAGUGAUAUUAUUCUACAGAUGCAAGCAGACA